AUGAAAUUUCUGACCUUAGCGAUAAUGAUGGCUCUCUUGAGAAUGACAACAGGACCAAACGGUAAGCCGACAGAUGUUGCGACGUCCGCUGGAUUGAAGGGCGUUUUCGAUGGUUUUUCACAAUUUUUAGGAGAGGAAUCUCUGGAAGGCGGAACUCGAAAACAGACCGUCUCUGAUCAGAGGUAUUGCAUGGGACACCGAUUAGUUUGACG